GGGAAAACUUAGUCAAAAAAUCACCAAUAAAAAUAUGCCUCGUAAUUAUGUACCUGAUCCUAGAAGUAAAAGACAUAGAUUGCAUGAUCCUAAAUUAAUACAUGAGGCCUUAUCAUUAAUAUCAAAAGGACAUUCUAUAAGAUCGGUUGCAAAAAGUUCAGAUAUUCCCUACAGUUGUCUGUAAAGAUAUAAUAAUAAAAAAAAAAUUAAUAAAGAUUUUGUUAUAAGAAAAUUUGGAAGUCAACCGUGUCUGUUGCCAACAGUUGAGAAUUCAUUAGUAGCCAAUAUUAUAAAAUGGGGUUAUCCAAUUUGUGAGCUAGAAAUUAGAAUGUUUGUAAAGUUCCACCUGGAUCAACUUGGAUGUACUGUAAAAAAGUUCAAAGAUAACAGACCUGGUCCAGACUGGGCAAAAUCUUUUUUAAAAAGGCACAAAAAUAGUUUGACUUUAAGAAUGUGUCAAAACAUCAAGCGAAGUAGAGCUGCAGUUAGUAGAGCUGAUAUUAACAGCUUUUUUUACAAUUUUAGCAAAACUGUAGAAGGCGUUCCUCCAAGCAAUAUCAUAAAUUAUGAUGAAACAAAUUUAAGUGAUGACCCUGGAAGAAAAAAGAUUAUUUGUAAACGAGGUACUAAGUACCCAGAAAGGAUAAUGAACCAAACUAAAUGUUCAACAACGGUGAUGUUUGCUGCUGCUGCAGAUGGAAAACUUCUACCCCCCUUUGUAAUCUAUAAAUCACUACAAUUGUAUGACACAUGGACUGAAGGUGGCCCUAUAGGCACAAGAUAUAACAGAACACCAUCAGGGUGGAUUGAUGGAUGUUGCUUCACUGAGUGGUUUAGCAAAAUAGUAAUUCCAUUUUUUCAGAAGAUUACAGGGUAAAAAAAUUAUCAUAGGCGAUAAUUUAAGUUCUCAU